AUGGCGGAUGUGGACAGCAUAUAUGCGUCCGAUGACGCUUCGGAUGUCAGCGCUGCGCCUCCCCUACAAGCAACGGCUAUGAGCGAUCCCCUCUCGUCCUCAACAUUUAGUGACGACCACUCCGGACUACGCUUAGACGACAGUCGUCUGGAAUCUCUCGCGCGCGCAAGCUCUCCGCUGGGUGAUAUCUUGACUGAAGAGCUAGACUUCAACCCGGAUGGCAUAUUCGAUACCCCAGGUCCCACCCCUCCAGAUACUGACGACGAAGACACCAUGGAGGACUUGCCACAGCUGAACCAAGACCCACUGUUUCAGGGGAGUGACGCGCUCUUCGAAAGGACCUCGGACUCUGGCUCAGACGACCUAGCCCCGGACACUUCAAUUCCCCCCGCUUUUGACGAAGAUCCGGUCAUCCGGAAUGCCUACAUCACGGCGUAUCUCCUCUCUGCGUGCCACGGAUACACACAAGAGGGAAUCAAGGCCUACCUGGACUCCAUGCACGAGUCUUUCACCGCAUUGCAAAGAAAGGGUCAGCUGCAGCUGCGCGGUCUCGAUACAAUGGCGCGCACCCUUCUGACAGUUGAGCGACGCUUGCGCAUCGACCCCAAUCGGUACAUUGUAUAUUAUUUUCUUUGUACUGUCUGCUGGGCCCGGCACCACCCCUCGAGCCUCAACGACCUUGACGACGAAUCCUGUACCAUGCCUGAGUGUCCCGGUUUCCUCUACAGCUUGAAAGAACUCACCGGGGGGCAUCUCAAACGCACACCACUCAGAGUCCUUCCGAUAGCGCCAAUCACCCCAAUGAUCCAGCGAUUUCUGCUUCGACCAGGAAAGUACGAGGAGUUUCAGCACUGGAGGUUGCCGGGGCUUGACGACGUCGGAGAGGUUCCGCCCCUCAACGAACCUCGCGACCCUCUGGAUGCCUUCAAUAAUGUAAACUGGGUAAUGGGCGACAUUACUGAUGGCUGGGGCUGGCGUGCAGUGUCGUGGGGUCUGGAACGUCGGAAGGUGAGCAGCGCUGUGUCUUUGUGGGGAGUAGAAGAUGUGUUGGUAGAGGAGAAACAGCAGCGGUUUGUCUCGUUGCCAUGCGGUCUGCUUUUCUCCAUCAAUAUAGACUGGUUUUCUCCGACGAAACGAUCGCGCGCGUACUCUACAGGCGCGAUUUACGUCACGAUUCUCAACAACCCGAGAUCCAAACGCUUCUUACCACAGGAAACUAUACUAUACUGUGUAAUACCUGGCCCACAAGAACCAACCUUGGAGCAGCUGAAUCACAUCACAGAACCACUAGUCGAAGAGCUGCGGGCACUAUACGAGGGUGUUACCAUGCGCAUCCAUGGGGAACCAGAUAAUCAGCAGUUCCCAGUGAACGGCAUGCUGUAUAUCAACACUUCGGACAUCCCUGCGAGCCAAAAGAUUACGGGUCUCCGGGGUGUGACUUCGGAGGACUUCAUGUGCACGUCUUGCUAUCAGACGUUCUCGUCGCUCGUGUGCGAGGACUGCUUCAACCAUGAAACAUUCUCGAUGCGAGACGAGCGACGGUUCCGCAAGUAUGCAUAUCGGUGGAGGGACGCGAGCACUGAAGAGCGCGAGAGAAUCGAGAUCGAGCGUGGGGUGAGCUGGUCGGCAUUGACAUCUCUGCCCGGAUGGAUGCCCGCACGAGAUUCGCCCAUAGAUUUCAUGCACGCUGUGUUUCUAGGGGAAGUGAAACACAUAGUCCAACAGAUCUUGGUUGUUGGCGGGAUGCUGACACGUCGGAGCCGGAUGAACAAUCCUUAUGAGAAACUCGAGACCUUCUUGGGGAGCAUCUGGUGGCCCUCUACAAUUGGCAGAGUGCCCGCUAAGAUAUCAGGGACAUUGAAGGCCGACCAAUGGCGGAACUUCGCAACAGUUCUGCCUGUCGCACUUUAUUAUGCAUGGCAGCAGAAUGGCAAGAUCCCGGAUUGUGAUUCGCCUAGACCUGCUCCCAAAUCUAAAGCCGGUGCUGCCUUCGCAAAGACUGAGAAGCUGCUGCGAGAACGUCGCAAGGCUUAUCGUAUGCACGUUGCGCGGCAGUCGGGUAGGACUGUAGUCGCGGCACACUUUGAGGAGGAUGACAUCUCUAUGGAUCGUAAUUACCAGCGUCAUUUCAAGGCUGUUCUCGAUGCAUGCUCCGCCAUCCGCAUCUGGACGGCCCAGUCAAUAACACCCAACGAAGCACGGCGUGCGCAGGACUAUCACGCACGCGCAUGUCGCGCAUGGUCACUGAUGCAUUGCCAUCUCACUCCCUAUUUCCAUUUGCUCACUCACGGAGAUUCUUUCAUUUAUCGCCUAGGGCCGGUUUAUGGGUUCUGGCUAUUUGGGCCAGAAUCAAACAAUGGACGCCUUGUCAAGGUUAACACAAAUGGACAUACAGGAGGUGAACUCGAAGGUACCAUGAUGCGCAGUUGGAUCAAGAACAUAUUGAUCCAUGACCUGGUACGUACGAUCGAAGAGCUUGACGAGCAAAAUGAAGAGGACUUGGUUGCCAUCCGGAAACUCAAGAAUUAUUUGAAGGGUGAUAAGAAGUCCCAUCGGACGCGAGGAACUCUCCUUAAUAUGAUCGCGAGUCGCGCAGGCCGGCGGGGAUCCAAUGCCGAAUCAAACAAAGUGCACCAUUCCUCAUAUUCAUCUAUUUUUCGUUUUUCAUUUGAAGGAUCUGAUGAAGUUGAACUACCGCCUCGAGGUAAACGCAUCAACCUCAAUAUGAUCCAAAUCAACGGCACAUCGUUAUACGGUCUCGUUUUCAAUUAUCUGCAGACACUCUGGAAUUCACAGGUAAAACUUGUCUCAAAAACGACUGAUUGGCAAGCCGGCGAGCCAUUUGUUGUGACUGCGGUGCAAUCCUUUUCCCAUGCCCACGUGAAUGGCACACAGUUUGGGGCUUGCACUUCAUACAGAGGGAAGGGUACCUCGUUUGCAUACAUGGACGGCAGGAUAGCUGUGCAAAUCCAGUAUAUCCUAUCAGUGAAGCACGAGCGCCGUGAUCCACGCUUAGCAGGAUUGUCAACUGCCUUCGCAAUCGUCAAACGCUUCAUGAGUGCUGGCAUCCCCUUGAUGCCAUGGGAUAACAGGCAAACUGACCUUGGGAUCUUGACUUGGAAUUUUAACAAAUUCUUAGAUCCCGAGGUCAUUGAAUUACACCGCCUGUGCGGGGUGUUUGCCCUUGCAGAAAUCCCCCUUCGCGAUCAUGGCCACGUGUGGGUCACCAUAUCACUAGACCAUUUAACUCAAGAACCGGAUGCCCUCGGAUAUGAUUCUGACAACGAGUGA